UCGUCCCUCGCGCGCCGUCUAGCGGUGGAGUGGAACAGCGCAGCAGUGAUGAUGGCGCUCAAGGGUUUUCUAACUGCAGCUAUCGUUCAGCCCAGUGGACUCUGACCGCUUCUGUCACUCCUCUCAGGCCUUGAUUUGGGGGGGUUUAGUGAACUUCAGUUAUGUUAGGCAUUCUUGCCAGAAAGAUGGUCAAGGCCGGCAUGGUGAAACCCUGCGGCCUGGUAAAACCAGUGUCAGUGACACGGAUCCAAGGUCGCUACUUGGCCCAUCAGGAGGGUCUGCCUAAGCUUCCAGUGCCACCCCUGAAACAAACAUGCGAUCGCUAUCUGGCUGCCUUGGAUCCCAUCGUGGACCCGGAGGAGCUGAAUCACACUCGGCAGCUGCUGGAGGAGUUCCAGAAGCCGGGCGGUGUAGGAGAGAGACUUCAGAAAGGCCUGGAACAACGAGCAAAGAAAAUGGAUAACUGGCUCUCUGACUGGUGGUUACAAACAGCCUACCUAGACUACCGGAUGCCUGUUGUUGUCCAUUCGAGUCCUGGGGUCGUCCUUCCCCGAAUGGUGUUCACUGACCGUCAAGGCCAAAUGAGAUAUGCUGCUAAAUUGAUCGCUGGGGUUUUAGAUUUCAAGAGCAUGAUUGACAAUGAAACAUUGCCAGUGGAGUAUCUGGGUGGAAAGCCACUCUGUAUGAACCAGUACUAUCAGGUGCUCUCGUCCUGCCGGAUCCCUGGAACAAAGAGGGACAACGUGGUCAACUACGCCUUGGACAAUAAACCCCCCACACAUAUCACUGUAGUGCACAACUUUCAGUUCUUUGUGCUGGAUGUAUACAACAGUGACGGCACACCACUGACCGUAGACCAGAUCUACAUUCAGCUGGAGAAGAUCUGGAGCUCCUCCUUACAGUCCAACAAAGAGCCAAUCGGCAUCCUCACCUCCAACCACCGCAACAGCUGGGGCAAAGCCUACAACAACCUCAUUAAGGAUAAAACUAAUAAAGAGUCAGUAAGAGCCAUUCAGAAGAGUAUCUUCACAGUCUGUCUGGAUGCUGCCCUACCGCGAGCGUCUGAUGACAUGUACCGUACCCGAGCUGGGGUUCAGAUGCUGCACGGUGGGGGCAGCAGGUGGAACAGUGGAAAUCGCUGGUUCGACAAAACAUUGCAGUUUAUCAUUGGAGAGGAUGGGACAUGUGGACUGAUCUAUGAACAUGCCCCCGCUGAGGGUCCCCCUAUCGUGUCACUGAUCGACCAUGUGGUGGAAUAUACGAAAAAGUCAGAGAUGGUCCGUACCCCAAUGGUCCCGCUGUGUAUGCCUAAGAAGCUUCGUUUCAACAUCACAGCAGAGAUCAAAAACGACAUUGAGGAGGCCAAACAAAACAUGAACAUCAUGGUUCAUGACUUGGACAUGAAAAUCAACGUGUUCUCCCAUUUUGGCAAAGAUUUCCCAAAGUCGCAGAAGAUGAGCCCUGAUGCUUUUAUUCAGAUGGCUCUCCAGUUGGCUUACUACAGGGUUUACAAGCGCUGUUGUCCCACCUAUGAGAGCGCUUCUCUCCGCAUGUUCAGACUGGGCCGAACCGACACCAUACGCUCAACCUCAGUUGACUCGGCCAGAUUCGUCAAGGCCAUGGAUGACCCAGCCAAACAUAACACAGAGAAAGUGGCUCUGCUAGACAAAGCUGUUAAAGCACACAGAGCUUACACAGACAUGGCCAUCCGAGGUCAAGCCAUCGACAGACAUUUGCUCGGACUGAAACUGCAGGCUAUUGAGGACCUGGCUGCCCUGCCAGAGAUAUUCAUGGAUACCUCAUAUGCUGUGGCACUGCACUUCAACCUCUCCACCAGCCAAGUGCCAGCUAAAACAAACUGUGUGAUGUGCUUCGGUCCAGUGGUACCUGACGGUUAUGGCGUGUGCUACAACCCCAUGGAUACUCACAUUAACUUCUCAGUCUCUGCUUUCAACAGCUGCCAGGACACUAACGCAGCACAUCUGGCCCAAGGUCUUGAGGACGCUCUGAUAGACAUGAAGACCCUCCUGGAGCAGACGCCCAAAGCCAAGCUUUAAGGACAAUUAUGUCAAUCAGACUUGAUCUUUGACCAGUUCGAUCGAGACAUUUGAGUUUACCUUACCACAGUACUCGAGGACAGGAAUUUGAAGAGAAUUUUUAUUUUAUAUUUGACCAGUUCAGACCAGAGUUGCCUGGACUCCAUUGCCUUGACACUAAUUAAUAAUCCUUAACUUUUUAUAUGUUUAUGUGCUUCUGUUUGUUUUAACAGACAAAAAUCAAUAAGGUUUUUCAAUCAAGUUUUGCUGAUUGGUGUUUUCUUUGUAUUGACUUUUCUCAGUAGGCUACAGAAAAUGUACCCGAUAUUUGCAUUAUGGUAAUUCUGUGGUUAAAACUGCUCAUGUGAUUGUACAUUGUAAAUUAUAUAUAAAUGUAAGCAAAUACAGAAAAAAAGUUUAAAUGCUAUGAUGUGAAUAGUGACAUUUGAGAGCUAGUUCUUUGCACAAUAUUGUAAAUUGCAUUAAUAUGUUUUUAAUAAAUAUUAUGUCACAUA